UCGGGAAGGGAGCGACAGCUGACAGAAGAACGGGAACAAAAAUAAUCGAAGAUCAAAAAAAUAAAAAGCACAGACAGUGGCAGCAGUGGACACUUGUCAUUGCUUUUAACACUCGAUUCCACUUAAUCUCUUUGUAUCUUAUAACUUCGCUCUUCUCUGCGGCGGACUGACGAACCAACAACAGCACAGGCAAGAGCAGUUCAUUCACCUGUGCCACAUAUUUGACACCGCCUCCAUCGCAGGUGACGGAUUGUCGCCACUCCUCGACCAUAAUUUCCUAUAUAAUAUAUACCUGCACUUACACCAUGUAGGCUGAAUUCACACUGUACCUCGUACACGUCCUGAGGUGAACUAGAGACGUGUCGGUGAGAGCGAUAGUUAUACAGUUUGACGCGAACCAGGUAUGGCGACAAGUUCGGACCCAAAGAUAGUUAUUAUAGGAUGCGGGAUAUCAGGUAUAGCAGCGGCACACCGGCUUGUGAAAGCCGGAUAUGGCCAUGUGCGGAUUCUUGAGGCGACUGCAAGAAGCGGAGGACGAAUAAAAACAGCAACUCUGGGUAACACCAUUACAGAGAUUGGUGCAGCUUACAUCCAUGGCCCAUCUGAGGAGAACCCAGUGUUUAGUCUGGCUCGUGACUAUGGCCUCCUGCCUCCAGAAGCCCUCACCCCAGAGAACCAGGCUUUAGACGUUGAUGAAGAUCCUCCGUGGGUUCCCAACUGGUUCAGCAGUUCAGGUAAGCAGCUGAGUGCCGAAAGCAUGGAACCAGCUAUGGAUAUGUUUCAGGAGAUUUUGAAUAGUACUUCGCAGUUUCGUAAUCGCAAAGAUACAUCCUGGACCAGUGUAGGACAUUUCAUCCGAACAAAGGCAGAGAGGCAAGCAGCAGGAAGGUGGAAAAAUAAAAAUGAAACUACCAGGAAGCUGUUACUUUCUGGCUUAAGUACCAUGCUGAAAGUGGAGUGCUGUGGAAGUGCAACUCAUAGCAUGGAUGACCUGGACCUGGCAGGGUUUUCCAUGUACAAGGGCCUACGUGGAGUGGACUGCACAUUCCCGAGGGGGUUUGAGGGCCUAAUCGACAAGUUGAUGUCGGAGCUCCCCUCUGAUUUGGUGACCUACAAUUGCCCUGUGCGCUGUGUCCACUGGAACAACACAGAGCACGGCUCAAGUGCUGUGACGGUCGAGUGUGAGAAUGGGGAGAAGAUUCCUGCUGAUCAUGUUAUUCUCACAGUGCCUUUAGGAUAUCUGAAGAAGCAGCACUCAACUCUGUUCAGCCCUCCUCUCCCAGCCCACAAGCUGAAGUCCAUUGAGACAGUAGGAUUUGGAACGUGCGACAAAAUAUUUGUAGAGUUUGAAACUCCGUGGUGGGAUGAUGACUGUGAGGUGAUCUACCUUGCGUGGGAGGAUGAGGAGAGUUUGUCAGACCAUGUGUCAGAUGUGAGCAAAUCCUGGAUAAGGAAGUUGGUGUCAUUCACUGUGCUUAAACCUAAUGAAUCGGGUAGCCACGUUCUCUGCAGCUGGAUUUGUGGACAUGAGGCAGAGUAUAUGGAGACACUUCCUGAGGAGGAAGUCAGACAUUCGAUCACAGAGCUCGUCCGCACAUUUACAGGUGACUCUACUAUCACACCAAAGAGAAUCCUGUGCACCCGCUGGUUUACUGAUCCCUGGACAUACGGUUCCUACUCUCACCCAGCCAUAGGCUGUACAGCCAAGGACCUGAAGAACAUGAUGGAACCUCUGCCCUCAAAGGGAACUUUGCCACAGCCCUUGCAGGUUUUGUUUGCUGGAGAGGCAACUCAUCCUUGCUUUUACUCCACUGUCCAUGGAGCACUUCUCACUGGGUGGCGAGAAGCUGAUCGACUCAUCACUCACUACUGGGAUUCUGAUAGUUCAUGAAGUCCCUCUACCUUACCUUACCUUAUCUUAUCUUUUUGUCUGGCACUAAAAAUCACAAUGUUGAAUAUGGGAACAAAGAGGGUUUGUGGCUGUAAUGGAAAAUUUGUUUCUGAACUCAAAUAACCUCUGUGUACUUAUUCUCUGUAAUUGUAAUUUUCUAGCACAAAGACCGAGUGUGUGAAGAUGGGAAAUGGUGUGGGGUUUCUUUUGUUUUUUUUUAAAGAAGUAUAUGCAUGGAACUGAACUCCAACAAGUCCAUCUAAUAAUUAUCAAGGAGUAAUAACACUGAACAAUUUUAGAACAGUAUGAACAAAUAAGACAUAAUUACACACAAGCAGCUAUGGCAAUACAAAUAUAAAAACCAAACCAGGUAGAUCACAGGUAACUUAAUAGCUACAGGUAAGCAGUAGUCGCGCAGGUGCUUGGAUCAAAUUUGCUAAGCAAAGCAGGCACAGCAGAGGACCCAGCAGGAAUUGAAUGCAGAGUGAGACAGUGUGGGUUAAUGAGACAAUAUUGAGCGUGAAUCGAGUGACUGGGACUAGCUAGAAAGGCUGGGUUUGGUGUUUCCAGGACCGAAGAGAUAAGAAAUGCAGCCAUGGAUGAAGUAAGCUGGACUUAAAAAAUACACACCAAAUGUGCAAAUCUUUACUGUCCAUAGUGGAAGUUAGUGGAAAGAUCCAUAUAGGUAUAAAUGCACUGUCUGGGCAUUGCCUCAGUUUGAGGAUGCAUAAUAAGCGCAAAGUCUAGUUCAAAUGAACUAUGUUAAACACCAUAGUGAGGACACCGUCUAUGUAGAUGCCUGUGUGUUUUGGCCUUCUCAUAGAGUGAGUAAAAGGACCACAAAUAUGCUGUAUGAUUCAGAUGCAGAGGAGCUUAUUUCCAAAUAAAGAUAGGACACCAAAUCCCUGAACCAUUUCAUUAAACUCAAAAAAUGAUUUGCAUUGUCUAACAGGAACCCUUCUAAGUAUUUACAAACAUGUCUGUUUUAGAGUGAUUUUGUUGUUUCAGAUCAAGCAAACAUGAUUGAUUAGAUUUCCUAUAAUUAAACUAAGUCAAUGAAAGUAGAAGUACCUCCUGAUUUGUCACAAAUGGACCAAAGGGCUCUAUCUAGCUCUUAGUGUAUCUAUGCUUGUGAUUUUUAAUGAA